UCGCUGCACCGGCAACACACUUCGGCACAGACCUCUUACAUUAUCCUCUCCCCAACACUUCAUGGACUUCUAAAAACUUCUUCUUUCAUCGGAGGAACUAUCGACCGAGAUUCCCUCGGCAUGGGGAACAGGUUAUUGCCUCUUGUUGCCGCUCUCUUUGUGCAAUUCGCAGUGAGCAGAGCCCAGUUUGACUGCGACUUUGAGAGCGGUCUGUGCGGCUGGGUUCAGGCUACAGACGACGACUUCGACUGGACGAGAAACCAGGGAACAACGUCAACCUCAAACAGCGGGCCGUCCAGUGAUCACACCACAGGAAAUGGCUAUUACGUGUACAUAGAAGCCUCCAACAAGAACCCCGAUGACCGAGCUCGCAUAGUGAGCCCGGACGUGACGGUAUCGGGCGCGCGGACCAAGUGUCUGACGUUCUGGUACCACAUGUACGGAUCACACGUGGACUCCUUCAACGUCUACUGGCGAGUCGGGGGGACUCUGGGCAACCCGAUCUGGACGCGGCAGGGCGACCAGGGGAACUUGUGGACGGAGGCGAAAAUCGACAUUACCGCGGGACAGGGACAGGUUGUCCUGGAAGGUGUUCGUGGCACCAGUUUCCGUGGAGACAUAGCUGUGGAUGACGUCACUCUCACAGAUGGGGCAUGCGCACAAGUGGUAGGUCCCAGCGUGCCACCCGGUGGUCUCCAGUGUGACUUUGAGGACGUCGUGUUGUGCGGCUACGCGCAGGACACAGACGAUGACUUCGACUGGACCUGGCAGAGCUCCAGCACGGCCACGUCUGGCACAGGACCUGGCAACGACCACACCUAUGGGACAUCAGCAGGACACUAUCUGUACACAGAGACGUCCAGCCCCCGUGUGCCUGGUGACGUUGCCAGACUCAGCUCUCCCACCUACCCUCAGACCAGCGGGCAGUGUCUGGAGUUCUACUAUCACAUGAUGGGCGCCGACAUCGGCACGCUGAAUGUGUACGCUAGUGUGGCAGGGAACCGUGGCUUCCCGAUAUGGACUCUGUCUGGAGAGCAGGGGAACCAGUGGACUAUUGCUCGUGUCACAGUUUCUACUACAGGAGACUUCCAGAUUGUGUUUGAAGGUGUACGAGGGGCGAACUACAGAGGCGACAUCGCCAUUGACGAUGUGGCACUAAGUGCUGGACCCUGUCAGGGAGCUGAUGGGAACUGUGACUUUGAGACAGACUUGUGCACCUGGACAAAUGCUCAGCAGGGGGAUGACUUUGACUGGGUCCUGAACACUGGAAACACGGGGAGCUCUGGUACUGGACCUGAUGCUGACCACACACUGGGCAAUGCACAGGGACAAUACUAUUACAUCGAAUCAUCGUCUCCAAGAGUACAGGGUGAGCGGGCACAUCUCGUCAGCCAGACCUUCUCCGGCUCUGCUGGCACCAGCCAAUGCCUGUCCUUCUGGUACCACAUGUACGGUACGGGAACGGGCGCGCUCAGGGUUCGAACACAAAUCAACGGUGUGGACACUGUAAGGUGGGCUCUGACUGGUGACCAAGGCAACCAGUGGAGAAAUGGCCAAGUCAGUGUGGGGGAAGCAGGGGACUAUCAGGUACUCAUCGAGGGUGAGAUUGGUACUAAUUUCCGUAGUGACAUUUCGCUGGACGACGUAGCUUUCACAGCAGGGCCAUGUUCAGUUCUCCCAGCCAAUGCCGCUCCAGCUGGAGCAACAACUGCUGGACCAAUCACGUUGCCUGGGACAACCCUUGUACCCACAGUUCCAACCAAUGCUCCAGGUGGCGUGGACUGUAACUUUGAAGUGGGCGUGUGCGGCUGGACACAGGCGACGGGCGAUGACUUUGAUUGGUCACGUGACAACAGCGGCACACCUUCUGCCAAUACUGGACCUGCUACAGACCACACUGUGGGGACAAGCCAGGGGUACUACCUUUACACUGAAGCCUCAAGCAAGAGCCCGGGUGACAUCGCCCAGGUCUCCAGUCCUGACAUCACGGCAACACGCCCGAAGUGUUUCCGCUUCUGGUACCACAUGUGGGGCAACACCAUGGGCAGUCUCAACGUGUACAUCCAGACUGGCCCCGCCCUGCCCAGCAACGCUGUGUGGACACGGAGCGGUAACCAAGGCAACCAGUGGAGGGAGGCCGCGAUAGACAUCUACAAUUUGCAGUAUAAUAUUGUGUUUGAGGCAGUGCGCGGGUCAGAUAUAAGGAGUGACAUCGCUGUGGAUGACGUGACUCUCACAGAAGGACUGUGCAAUGCACCAGUGACACCUGGCACCACCUGUGACUUUGAGGCAGCUGACAUUUGCAGCUACACUCAGGACACCACCGACGACUUUGACUGGACCAGAAAAACUGGUGGCACUGGUUCGGGUAGUACCGGACCCUCCCAGGACCACACACUUGGCACAGGGAAUUACAUGUAUACGGAGGCUUCUGGCAAACAGCAGGGAGACGUGGCUCGUCUGUUGUCCCCCCAGCAGACUGCUGACCCCAGUGGGCAAUGUCUGCAGUUCUACUACCACAUGUAUGGAACACAGAUUGGGACGCUGAAUGUCUAUGCACAGGUCGGGGCAUCUCUAGGUAACGCUGUAUGGACGCGGACAGGAAAUCAGGAUGAUCAGUGGCACUUUGCCAUGGUGGAUGUCACAACAACCAGCAACUACCAGCUGGUCUUUGAGGGCAUAAUUGGCGCUGGGGUGAGAGGUGACAUUGCCAUUGAUGAUGUGACAAUAUCCAAUGGACCCUGCCCCUCCGGUCCAGUUACUCCUACCCUGUGUGACUUUGAGCUGGACGUGAUCUGCAUGUACACCCAAGAUCAAAGUGAUGACUUCAACUGGAGAUGGGACAACGGUGGUACCACUUCUGGGAGCACUGGGCCUGCUGUGGACCACACCUACGGAACUUCAGCAGGACAUUACAUGUACACGGAGGCCUCCAGCCCACAAAGUCCAGGUGACGUGGCUCGUCUGACGUCUCACCUGUACCUGAACAACUCCAUCGGACAGUGUCUGGACUUCUGGUACCACAUGUACGGCAAUCAAAUAGGUACCCUGAAUGUCUAUGCCAGGACAGGUAGCACCAUGAGCAAUGCAUUGUGGUUUAUGUCAGCUGACCAGGGGAACCAGUGGAACCGUGCACAGGUUGACCUGCCAGUUGAUGCAGCGUACCAGGUGGUGUUUGAGGGAGUGCUGGGGACAGGAGUGAGAGGGGACAUCGCCAUCGAUGAUGUCAACAUUGUACCAGGAUCUUGUCCUCGCCCUGGAAACUGUAAUUUUGAGACUGCUGGGAACAGGCUGUGUACCUGGUCCAAUGACCAGACCAAUGAUGAGUUUGACUGGAUCGAGGGUAGUGGAUCCACCGCUAGUACAGGAACAGGACCCUCUGCAGACCACACUCUGGGGGAUCAGACAGGUUUUUACAUGUUUCUGGAGGCGUCCAGUCCCCGGCAGCCUGGUGAGCGUGCUCGGCUGGUCAGUGAGUUGUUCCCGCCAGUGUCCAGCUCCGGCCGCUGCCUCAGGUUCUGGUACCACAUGAAUGGAGCUGACAUUGGGACGCUCAGGGUCUUCCUGAAGGCCCAGGGUCAGGCAGAGCAGCCAAUCUGGGAGCUGUCAGGAGACAAGGGUGACCAGUGGCUUAACGCACAAGUUGGCAUCAACAGCAACAAUGACUACACGAUUAUCUUGGAGGGUGUUCGAGGACAGUCCCACCGUGGAGACAUUGCCAUAGAUGAUGUCACCUUUGUUGACACAAGCUGCAAUUUGAGUCCUGCAGAUGCAGUACCUUCAACAUCAACAUUGCCAACGACAACCAUUGCUGCAGUAACAACAGCUCCAGGUUUGUUUGACUGUACCUUUGAGACAGACUUCUGUGGUUGGACUCAGGACACACAGGACAACUUUGACUGGACACGACAACUCGGAACAACAGGCUCCACCAACACUGGACCAUCCUUUGACCACACAGUGGGAGACCAAACUGGCUACUACAUCUUCAUCGAGACCUCCAGCCCUCAAGUCACCGGGGACAAGGCACGACUGUACAGUCCCACAGUUGUCCCUACAUCCACGAUGUGCCUGCAGUUCUGGUACCACAUGUACGGCGAGCACAUUGAGACACUGAACGUGUACAUCCAGACAGGCCCCGCUCUGCCGACCAUCCCCACCUUCCAGAGAACAGGCACACAGGGCGACCAGUGGGUACGGGCUGAAGUAGAAGUGAACACCACCAGUCCUUACCAGGUUGUAAUGGAGGGUAUCCGUGGUACAGGCUAUCGAGGAGACAUUGCUCUGGAUGACAUCACCAUGUCCACAGGCCCUUGUACCACAGGCACCACCUAUGGGAUAAACUGUGAUUUUGAGGACAGUACACUUUGUGGGUAUGUACAGAAGACUGAUGACCAGUUUGACUGGACAUGGCAGACUGGAUCAACUGGCACCAGUAACACUGGACCUCAGAAUGACCACACUUUGGGCACUUCAGCCGGACAUUACAUGUACAUCGAGACUUCCUCACCACGGCAGCCUGGUGACAUCGCUGUCCUGAUGACACCCACUGUUACCGGGGACAACCGCCAACACUGCCUGCAAUUCUACUAUCACAUGUACGGCGCAGAUAUCGGCACACUCCGGUUGUGGGAGGUACGUGGAACGGAACAACCACGUAUUGUGUGGGAGGUGUCAGGUGACCAGGGUAACCAAUGGUCAGUCAUGCAGUGGGGAGUUGUCCCCAGCAUUGACACCUACUUCAUGUUUGAGGGUAUCCGUGGAAACAGUUUCCGUGGCGACAUUUCCCUGGAUGAUGUCAGCUACCUCAAUCAGAGGUGCAUUGGUGCUUCUUCAGGUAAUUGUGACUUUGAAGGUGGUCCAUGCACGUGGUCCAACACUCAGGUGGGGGAUGAUUUUGACUGGACAGAAGGAUACGGCAGCACCGGCAGCACCGGGACAGGACCGUCCAUCGACCACACUACCAGCUCAGACCAAGGAAAGUACAUGUUCAUUGAAUCAUCCGCACCAACCCAACCCGGACAGAAUGCCCGCUGGCAGAGCGAGCAGUUCCCAGCCACGGCAGGCUCCACCAGAUGUAUGAAGUUCUGGUACCACAUGUACGGCAGUGGUAUUGGCACGCUGAACGUUCUGAUUCAGGAACAGGGCCUUCCUGACCGGAUCCUCUGGCAACUGUCCAGUGACCAAGGAGACCAGUGGUUAGAUGGACAAUUAGAGUUCUCCAGUCUGGACUCCUAUAGGAUUGUGUUUGAGGCUGUGCGAGGGCUCAGCCACACUGGUGACAUUGCCAUUGAUGAUAUCACCUUUUUGGACACUGGAUGUAACUUAAAACCCAUUAAUGCCAAUCCACCAACGUCUCCAACCUUGGCACCCACAUCAGCCACAACGGGCACUUUUGACUGUGAUUUUGACACUGACACGUGUGGCUGGAUUCAGGCUACUGAUGAUGAGUUUGACUGGACCCGACAGAAUGGAGGGACUGGAAGCCAGAACACCGGCCCAACAACAGACCACACCUCAGGCAGUGGUUUCUACAUGUUUAUCGAGACCUCAUCUCCGCAAGUUACGGGAGACAAGGCUCGUCUGGUCAGCCCUCUGGUCAGCCCCACAGGCACCAAGUGCCUGACCUUCUGGUACCACAUGUACGGAGACCAUGUGGACAGUCUGAAUGUGUAUGUACAGACUGGACCAGUGGUGGGACAGCCUAUCUGGACCAAGUCUGGCACACAAGGGAACCAGUGGGAUCAAGGGCAGGUUGACAUCCCCAGCAACAGUCAGUACAAUAUUGUCUUUGAAGGUGUCAGGGGGAAUGGAUUCAGAGGAGACAUUGCCAUAGAUGAUGUGACAAUGACUGAUGGAUCAUGCUUUGCAGCUACAGUAAGCCCCCAGGGUGUGUGUGGUUUUGAGGACAACAGUCUGUGUGGCUUCACCAACGAUGGUGGAGACAUCUUUGACUGGACCUGGCAGACUGGAGGCACUGGGACUGUGAACACUGGACCCACAGUGGACCACACCUAUGGCACUAGUGCUGGUCAUUUUGUUUUCAUUGAGACCUCGAGCCCACGUGUCCCCGGUGACAAUGCCAUAUUCCUGUCCCCCACCUACCAAACCACCUCUCCUAACUACUGUGUGGAGUUCUACUAUCACAUGUUUGGUGUGAACAUUGGCACACUCAACGUCUACGCCAAGAAGAACGGCAACCUGGGAACAGCUCUGUGGACAUUAUCCGGUGACCAGGGAGAUAUAUGGGUUAUGGCACAGGUCACAGUGACAGCUGACAACCCAUUCCAAGUGGCUUUUGAAGGUAUCCGUGGUGUUAGUUACCGUGGUGAUAUUGCCUUGGAUGACAUCAGUAUAACUCCUGGUGGAUGUGGCACCCCAGGUACCUGUGACUUUGAGAAUGGCUACUGCACCUGGACUAAUGACUUAACUGGAGACGACUUCGACUGGGUCACAGGAACUAAAGCAUCAGCGACUACCCAAACUGGCCCCUCAUUUGACCACACCACGCAGAACGACACAGGAACAUACCUGUACCUGGAAGCUUCAUCUCCAAGGUUACCAGGUGAUGUGGCCAGGUUGGUCAGCGAGGCUUUCCCAGUGGCAACUGGCCGUUGCUUGUCCUUCUGGUACCACAUGUACGGUUCUGGCAUGGGGACACUACGCGUAGUUCUCCACGAGACACAGAGUAGGCCGGUAUCAGUGUGGGAGGUUUCAGGAGACCAGGGAGACCAGUGGCUACAGGGACAGGUUCCACUGACGACCUCGUCGUCAUUCCAGAUCUACGUCGAAGGCGUCCGAGGUUCUGACUAUAGAAGUGAUGCUGCCAUUGAUGACUUUGACUAUACAAGCACAGCUUGCACGUUGAUGCCAGCAGGGGCCACACCUGCAACCCCAACUGGGACGGUACCGACCACUCCAGCCUUCACCGGACCUACACCAACCCCCGGGCCGUUUGACUGUGACUUUGAGUCGGGUCUGUGUGGAUGGUUGCAACUGACGGACGAUGACUUUAACUGGAGCCGGCAUCAGGGUAUUACAGGCAGUUCCAACACAGGACCUUCAGCUGACCACACCACUGGAAAUGGCUACUACAUCUACAUCGAGGCCAGUGGGCAGUCAGCCAAUAGGACAGCUCGAGUCAUGAGUCCAUCAGUGAUGCCAGCCAGUCGGAACUGCCUGCAGUUCUGGUACCACAUGUAUGGAGACGACGUCGGGACCCUCAACGUCUACAUCAGAGUUGGGACUAUCAUGGGCGAUCCGUUGUGGACCCGGUCAGGCACCAAUGGGAACCGCUGGGUGUUGGCACAGAUCCCUGUGGUUGGCCUGACCACAUACAGUGUGGUGCUGGAAGGAGUGCGAGGAGACGGAUUCCGUGGUGACAUCGCUGUAGAUGAUGUGUCCAUGCUCACAGGAGACUGUCCCCCUGUUGUUGUGACUCCCAGCCCCAGCGCCCCUCCCACCUCUGUGACGUGUAACUUUGAGAGUGACAAUAUCUGUGGCUACCAGCAGAGCCAGGCUGAUGACUUUGACUGGACACGAGGCUCUGGGGGAACGGGCACCACCAACACUGGGCCCAGCACUGACCACACACUGGGCACAAACUCAGGUUACUACAUGUACAUCGAGACCUCUUCCCCUCGACAGCCUGGAGACAAGGCCGUGCUGCGCACACCGUCCUUCCCUCAGGACAACCAGCCACACUGUGUGGAGUUCUACUACCACAUGUUUGGAGACCACAUCGGGGACCUGAAGGUCUUCUAUGUCCCAACAACUGGCAGCUUCCCUGCUCCACUGUGGGAGCUGUCUGGAGACCAGGGUGACCACUGGUACCUGGGGCAGGUCACUGUUCCGGGUGACCAGACCUUCUAUGUAGAGUUUGAAGCUGUUCGAGGACAGAGUUUCCGUGGAGAUAUCGCCAUUGAUGACGUGACUGUCAGAGACGGACAAUGCAGCAACCCAGGAUCAUGUGAUUUUGAGAACGGACCUUGUACUUACACCAAUGACCCCAACGAUGACUUUGACUGGACAGAGAAAAGAGGGUCUACCAGCAGUACCGGGACUGGACCCACCACAGACCACACCACUGGAACUGCACAAGGUAAACAGGACAAAAGAAUGAUCAGAACCUAA